UGUUGGCUGAUUUCACUGUGAUGGUGCUGAUUCUUUCGUUUGAUGAUGAAAGGUUGAUUAUGCUGUCUGUGAUGGACCUGCGUACCGCAGAUCCUGUGCCAAAAAGCCAUGCAGCAUCCUUGGGCGGCAAGGCUGCUAGGAAGACACCUUUUGACAUAGAUCAUGUAUCAGCUGUCAUACUGGAGGGCAAUGUCAUCAGUUAUAGCAGGAACUGCCAUGUUCCUUCUGAUAAUGUAUGGAUUUUCCUAUGGCAGAAUGAAGAGUUAUUUAUGGCUCACAUCUAUGUUAAUGUCAGUGGCAAUAGAUGCUUUAGUGAAUGAACCAGUGAAGAUUAUGUGUAUAGAUGUACUUGUCUCUUCAUUACUAAAGAGACAGCCAAGCAUAAUGGAAAUACAAGCUGAAGUCAUCAUAGAACCACAUGAGCUACAAUUGCAAAGAGAUCAAAAAACAAGACAAGAAAAUCAUUUAGAUGUGUUAAGGAAGCGUAUGCUCUCAGGUCCUUUAAACAGGAAAAAAUUAAAGAAAUUACAACAAAGGGAAUGCAAAUAUUUGUAUUGUUCUUUUCUAAUCGAGAAUUUAAUUGUGUCUGCAACAUAUUUAGUAAUUUUGAUCUUCAGUUUUCUCUAUAUGGAGGAUCAGCUCAUAUAUUUUAGCACAAGGUGUUUUGAAGAUUUAUUUAUCAGUGGAGUUCAUGCUUCAAUGAAUUAUUCAAACAUAAGAUUAGAAACAGACAGAGUAAACGAUUAGGUGUACCUCAACAUUGUACUAAAAUGCCUCUUUAUUUUGCUAGUCAAAUUGAAAAAUGCUAUUACUUGUGUAUUACACUGAAAUUCUAAAAAGAAUAUCAAUAUUUAUUAAGCAAAUUGCCUUAGUCAUAUCACAAAAAAUGAAAUGAUUUUUAUUAUUCAACUUAUUCAUCACUUGUUAGAAUCAAAUACAAUAUGUAUCAAAUAUGAUAAUAACAGAAAGAGUGAAUUAGUUCAAAGCUAAUAUAGAAAGGAACAACAUAAUCUAGCACUGACAACUGGGAACUUGAAAAAAAAAAUGUAAUUUUCAAAAGCAUAAAGUUAUAAGCUAUCAGGAAUAAGAAUAAUGAGAUCAAACAAUGCAAGAUAUCUGAACAGCAGACAGCUAACAGACAUUCAUUAUAUAAAAAGACUUUUGGUGUUAAUGCAUAAGAAACAAUCAGAAAAAUGAUGUGUGGUCAGCAGAAAAUCUUUUGAAAUUCUUUUUUGUUCUACAGAAGGAGAUGAGAAUGACAAGGAAACAUCCUGACAAAUUAGAAAUCUGUGCUAGACGAGAACUCAUACCUGAAGGCACGCUUUCCAUUCACUUUACAAAAUAUCUGUUACAACAUGCCUUUGUGCUUACAGUCAUGUUCUCUAAUACCUUUCUCCUACACUCAAAACACUAUUGAAUUAAAUUGAGGUGAAAGGGUAUGAAGAGAGAGCACUGACAAAUUUGAGAAAAUUUGUGAGGCAAUGGUAAUGAACAGUGAUCAACAUUGCCAUGUGGUGAAAGAGGCUUCAUGCCAUCAAUACACCUUUGUUGGCCAUGACAUUCUAAAAUUACUGCCUGGUUGAAUCCAUAUGUUCUUAGAGACAGUUAUGUUAAUCGCUUGGUAGACAUAAGAAGCUUAACAAACUUUUUGUUUGCACAACAAUGGACUGAUUUACCUUUGAAGAACUUUAUCUUAAGAAUAAUGGGAACUUAGAUAGUAUUGUUUUGUAGUGUAUGGUAUUUUACUUGUCAAAUAAUAUAUAUUUUAUAAACCAUGUGAUAGUAUUUUACA